AUGGACGGACCUGAGGCUGGGAGGCAUGGGAAAAAGUCAACGAGUCAGAAGCUGGAGGAUCAGAAAAAGUCAGUGGUUAACUGGUAUAACCCACAACCUGGUCAGUACCAGGGGAGAACCCAGCAGUCGGACCGAGAACAUCUGAACGACCAACCCCGGUCCAAGAACUCGUCCACCGUGUGGCGCUGCUUUGGUCAGGUUCCUGCUCCAGCACCCAGAACUUUGUGGUUCUGGGUGACAGGAACUCGCUGCCUGUUUGUCCCCACAGUCCUUUCAACAGUUGGAGAACAGCAGCUCCAGACCACACGGGCUCUGGGUCAGACCCUGGGUCAGACCCUGGGGCUGGUGAACUCCUGGUACCGCUGCUAUGUGAGGUUCAUCUGGUUCUUCUCUUGUCUUUGUCUACAGUUUAUCGCCUUUGCGUCGUUGUUCUUCAUCCUGGUCUCCAUCACCACCUUCUGCCUGGAGACACACGAGGCGUUCAACACCAUCAUCAACAAGACGGAGCUGAUGCGGGACGGCGGGGUGACGGACCCGGGCCCCCAGUACGAGAUUGAAACCGACCCCGCCCUCACCUACGUGGAGGGGGUCUGUGUCUUCUGGUUCACCAUCGAGUUCCUGGUGCGCGUGACCUUCUGCCCUGUGAAGCUGGAGUUUUUUAAGAGCGUCCUGAACAUCAUCGACUUCGUGGCCAUCCUGCCGUUUUACCUGGAGGUCGGACUGAGCGGGCUUUCCUCCAAGGCCGCCAAGGACGUGCUAGGUUUUCUCAGGGUGGUGCGCUUCGUGCGUAUCUUGCGUAUCUUCAAGCUAACGCGUCACUUCGUUGGGCUGAGGGUACUGGGCCACACCUUACGUGCCAGCACCAAUGAAUUCUUGCUGCUCAUCAUCUUCCUGGCGUUGGGAGUGCUAAUCUUCGCCACCAUGAUUUACUAUGCCGAGAGAAUCGGCGCCAAGCCCAACGACCCAACGGCUGCUCUUCACACCAAGUUCAAGAACAUCCCCAUAGGCUUCUGGUGGGCGGUGGUUACCAUGACGACUCUGGGGUACGGGGACAUGUACCCUCAGACGUGGUCAGGCAUGGUGGUGGGGGCGCUGUGCGCUCUGGCCGGCGUACUGACGAUAGCCAUGCCGGUGCCGGUUAUCGUCAACAACUUUGGGAUGUAUUACUCCCUGGCCAUGGCCAAGCAGAAGCUGCCCAAGAAGAGGAAGAAACACAUCCCACAGGUGGUCCAGGGGGGGUCGCCGUCCUACUGCAAGGCCGACCUGAGCACCACCUGCAACAGCACCCAGGGUGACCUGUGCCACGUCAAAGGGAGCAGGCUGUUAGAGCGCAACCGCUCAGUACUGUCAGCAGACUGUAGUGGGGGCAGUGACCUGACCAUGUCCCCAGAGGAGAGGGUCCCGAUGCGUCGGUCCAGCACCAGGGAACAGGACCGUCGGAUUGGUGGUACGUGUUUCCUGCUCACUGCCAGUGACUUCACUUGUCCUGCAGAUGGCGGCAUACGGAAAACAGGAUAUGAGAAAUCCCGGAGCCUGAACAACAUAGCGGGCGUGACUGGUAACACCCUGAGGUUGUCUCCCGUGACCUCGCCCUACGGAUCACCCUGCCCACUGAGACGGUCUCGCUCCCCAAUCCCCUCCAUCCUGUGAGCUGCCCCAGUCUCUGGGUCCUGCCCCCCCGUCCUACCCCCCACCUUGACUCUGAAACUAACCAGCUUGUUUGGGUGUUGACCCUGCCGUGAUGUAGAUGCACAGUACUUGGACUAGUAUUUGGACUAGUACUUGGACCAGUACUUGGACUAGUACUUGGACCAGUAUUUGGACUAGUACUGACGUAGUCCUGUAGCUGAGACUGAUGUUUGUAGCUCACUCCAACCAGCUAGCAUCUGAGCUUAGCUUAGCUCACAGCCUUGAAGGUCCAGUGUGUACCAUCAGUGAAUCACGACUGGUCCCAACAGGAAGUCAACAGUCUGUCAAUCAGGUUCGAUCCGUCCUUUCCAGAAAACUGAUCUGACCUUCAGCUGAAGUUCCACCGUACCAUCGCUCCAUCACUAAUGAGUACCAAUGGUGUAGUGUGAACGAUGGUCCUUAAACCCCCCUCAGAGACCAGCCUUGGUAGGACUGAAGAACAUUCUAGAACCGCUCCAGGUGUCUGUGAGGAACUCACUGGACCUUCAACAAACCUCUCUUUUGUCUCUCGGACGACGGCGACUUCAGAUGAAAACAGCCAUACGAUUUAUCAAAGGAAGACGGAAAAAAACCGUCAGGGAGCGACGCUGUGUUUAGACAAACCAUUAACACGUGGUGCUUCCAAAAAUAGA